CCGGACCUCCGCACCUCUCCCCGGUGCCUGUCUGUGUGUGAUCGGCGGCUCCAGUCGACCCCCUCGGUUAAUAAUCAAUCUGUGAGCUGCAGACCAGGUCCAGGCAGGAUGGACUGGACGAUCAGCUGUUGAGGAAGAGGAUAUAUAAAUAGGUAUGCCCCAAAAUGGAUUCUCAGUUGGCUUCAGUCCUGACCAGUGGCAGCCUGGAUGUCCAAAAUGGCAGCCAGUGUGGAGAGGGAUCAGGGCCAGAGACAGAGGUUUAUUUGGACCCAGAGGACAAAAGCUCAUCCUGUACUGUACCAGGUAACCUCCAGCCACGUCCUGUCAAGGCAGCAGUGACCACAGGGCAAGGUGCUCCAUCAAUCAAUGGGAAAAAGCCAGAGGUGGGCGGGAGUUCAAAGCCAGCCUCUCAGGAAACAUGUGGGAUUGGUGGGCUCAGGCAGCCAAUUACAGUGAAGACUGGAGUGCCUGUUCUGCGCAGCCAACCAAUAAGAAUCAAAAUUGUCGUUCCCCCACGGUGCAAGGGGCCAAUCACGAACUCUGCCAUCAGUCUGACCAAAGACUUUUCUCACUCACAGUUUGGGGGACCCCUUCUGCUCUCGGCUGGACCGGUGAUCUCAGAAAAAGAAGGAAGUAAAAUCCAUAUUUCAGCUGCUAAAAAUGAAGGAGAGAUCAUGGAAGUUACUUAUCAAAAGACUGAGGAGAAGACUCAAGCAGAAUCAUUCCACGAGACAGAGCGGCAGAGGGGGGAUUCAGUGUGCAAAGAGAGAGAUGUUUUGGAUGUCAAAAUCGUCCACAUUGAUGACUCAGAGACUCCUUUCAUCUCCAGAUCUAAUGCAGCUAAAAUAUUGAGCCAGCAGAUGAUUAAAGGAGAGACUACAGAAAGAGAAGUUGGGAAAAAUGUUAUUUUGCGAAAUGUGGACUUCAAUUCAUGCAAACAGUUUGUUGAGACGGGAACGGAGGAGCAGACAGAACCGCUGGACUUGAGUUUGCCCAAGAGAAGAGAAAAUCGAGAGAGGCGAUGUGGACGUUUCCUGGAUGAUUCCGGCUGCGAGAGCUCACUGAUCAUGGAAGUAGACGAGUACGAGGGAGAAGGGGACAGAGAUAUUGUAGAAGAGGACGAGGACACCUCUGUGCUGCGUCUGGAUGGCACAGAUAUGUUUCGAGACUCUCUGCUGUCACCCUCUUUCUUUUCUACCUCUGUCCUCACCUCUCUGUCCUCAAUAGAGUGCGACACUGAAGACCUUCUUCUCAUUGACGACCAGGGAAUCCCGUAUACUCUCAGUCCAGACGGACUCAAAGUGCCACAGGUCAAUGCUUCCACUUCACAGGAUCCCCAGUCGGAUCAGGCUACUUCAAAAGAGGUAGAAGGGGUGGAGUCCUCGCAUGUGGCCACAUCAGCGGGUACUAACCUUAGCCAAAGCUUAGAAAAUGCACUAAAUGCACCUUCUGGUGACUUUUACCCGUCGCCAGCCUCUCCCAGUGAUUCAUCGUCAGGAGAUAUCGAUCAGACAAACACAUCAGAGGGGACAAUAUCAAACUCAGAUCCUUCAGUGGCCGCAGAGCCGAGUGUUAACGUCGAGCAGGAGACUACGACGGUCCUGAACCCUCCCUCGGGGUUGUCAGCUCCGACCCAACCCAUUCAAAUCCUCGCAAACCCUCCAAUCAGCACUCCGAUUCUCCUCCUGUCGCCACCGUCAUCCUCUUCUCAGCUUCCCCCCACUCCGGUCAGUCUCUCGCUUCCCCUGUCAGUAACUCAGACUUCACCUGGUGCUUCCAGUCCCAUGUUUCUCCUCCUCUCCUCUGUACCUUCCUCCUCCGGCGAGCCCACGUCUACCUCCACUCCGAUCGCUGUCCUCGACCCUUCCACGGGUCACCUGUCGCAGAUCACCGCGGCCUCGGCCCCGGUCUCCCUUCCCUUGUCCUCUGGUCAGGUCAACGCGCUGGGAUCGUCCCUCCCCACCCUGUCCCACCCGGUCAUCAGACUGAGUCCCAAUAAUACCCCGGUCAUCCUGAACUCCGGCCCUCUUCUCACGUCCCUCGUCGUACCUUCGCCCAGUCUUUCUGUGCAGGAUGACCAGAGCGGCACAGCUCCCUUCAUUCAGUCUCAGAUCAGCUACUCCGAGUCAAACCCUGGAAGUGAAGCCAUACCUGCUGAAGAAGUCUCAAAAGAAAACAACAAGCCAUCUUUAACAGCGUCUUCACCGCAAGCGCAGUCUGCUGCUGUGAACUCCGACCCCUCAGCGCAGCUCAGCUCAGAAGCAAAGGCCCAGUCACCGCGUCCAGACUCCGUGUUCAACCCUCCUGACCCGCACUCGGAGCAUUUACCUCUGGACGACCACCUUUACUUCUCCAACACAGCUGCCCCUCCGUCCCCGCCCAUCGGGCCCCUCUUCCCCUCCGACAAACUCGACACCCUCGACCCCCUCGAUCCUCUCUCACCGGCAGCUUCACCCAACCCUUUGGGCUCCCGCAGGGUCUUGUACUGCCAGCUGUGCCCUCGGGUCUUCUUCUACCUUUCCGACCUUGAGCGCCACGCCAUCACUCACUCGCAGAAGAAGCCUCAUGUUUGCCAGCAGUGCGGCAAAGCCUUCAAACGUUCGAGCCAUCUGCAGCGGCACAAGCACAUCCACACGGGCCAGAGGAACUUCGUGUGCCCCAUCUGCGCCAAGCGCUUCAGGGAGGCGGGUGAGCUCCAGCGCCAUCAGAGGGUGCACACCGGAGAGAAGCCCUACCAGUGCCAGCUCUGCCACACGCGCUUCGCCGAGCGCAACACCCUUCGCCGGCACACCAAACGCAAACACCCGUACCACCAAGCGGCCAUGGAAAUGUUGAACGAGAGGAGAGACGCAGGGGGCGACCGAGGGGAUGCGGGCAGGGGAUCGGGGGUGCAGGAGGAGGAGGAAAGUGCCGAGUGGUACAGCUCCACCGUGUCGACUCUGGAUAACUCCGAGUCCGAGGCCGAAACGUAACAGUCCAAAGUGGAGACCGUGAGCUGGCUGGUCCUUUCUAACUCUGGAUGAACUUUCCUCUGCAAUGAUUAACACAAGAAGGGAGCACUUGCAAUAUUUAUUUAAGUGUUUAUAUGGUAAUUUAUUUAAAUGAAUGUAUAUUAUUUCUAUUCCAUUUCAUGGGCCAAAAGUACGGCUUUUAUGGCGGAUCUGAUUUUAAAUUAGCUUUCCUGUGUGAAACAAAAUGCUUAUAAAGGUUUUUUUUUUAACGUGAGUUCAGAAUAUUAUUUAUAGCGAAGACAUUGCCCAUGAAGUUGCGUUCCCAUGCAAUCCUUCGAUAAAACCCUAAAGUGCUCAAAAAUGUUUAACGGCUUAUUUAGUCUAAAAAAAACUCUGCUCUAGCUGUAUAUAUGAAGAGUCCUAUUUGUAAGAGCUGCACUUCUGCACUAUCUAAUAUGAAAGAUGUAAUCUUUCUUACUGUCAGAGACACUGUGAGUCAUUUGAACUUAUUUUAUUUUCACUCGGAUUUAACUUUUUUUUUUUUAUUACAUUGUGAAUAAGAAAACUCACUUUUUAUUUUUGUUGCAGUUGUUGAUUUUAUGUAUUGAAACCAUAUCCUGUAAGACUUUGACCAAAUGUUUUUGUGUUAUUCUAACAUGAGCACUAUAUUCAGAUUUUUUAUGUGAAUUAUGUUAAAUUAUUGCAAAUAAAUUUUCACA